GUCCGCAGGAGCGGUGAAUAUAUUAACCCUUCUGGUCAGUCCCGCGCCAGCCACUCUCCUAUGUGUAGGCUACCUCUGUGCAAGCCAAUAUGCUGCUGCUGCUGCUACUGCUGCUGCUAGGGCCUGGACCCCAACUCAUCGCAGCAACCAGGAAGUCACAUGUGUACAAGCGUGGGCUCCUGGAACUGGCAGGGACCUUGAAUUGCGUUGGUCCUCGAUCACCGAUCGCCUAUAUGAACUAUGGCUGUCACUGUGGCCUGGGUGGCCAUGGAAAGCCACGUGAUGCCAUUGACUGGUGCUGCCAUCGUCAUGACUGCUGCUACUUUCACGCUCGGGAGGCUGGCUGCAGCCCCAAGAUAGACCUCUACCCAUGGAAAUGCAUCAACCACAGCGUCCAGUGUGGGCCCGCAGAGAACAAAUGCCAAGAACUCCUGUGCCAGUGUGAUAAGGAGCUUGCAGAAUGCCUCGUAGGGACAGAGUACCACCUGAAAUACCUCUUCUACCCCUCGGUUUUAUGUGAAACGGACUCACCCGAGUGCCACUGAUAGGCUGGUCUUGAGAUGUCCCUUUGCCCAUGGAGAUGAAGUUCGCUUUCAGCGAUAAACAACAGAGUUCAGUCUCUGCGGGAGGUAGUAUAGGCCAAGCCAUAAAGCCUCGUGUUUGCUUUCUCCCUCCACCCAGGAACUCGGGGCCUGUGAGCCUGUGGAGUUGUUAGUCUGAUGAAAGCUCAGAGUCCUGGGCCUGCUUUCUACAACUACUACUGUGUUGGGCUGGUACCAGCUCUGAGGCACAACUGUUACGAAAGUGUGCUAUCUUCUGACCUGCUGCUCAUGGCUAGUGGUCAACUGGGGAUGAGCUCCUGUUUGUAGGCUUGACUGUGGUAAUAAGAUGGCCACAUGAUACAACUAAGAACUGUUCCUGUAAUAAAAUUAUCCCCUACCUUUCUCUGUCA